AUGAAUACAGAAUGGGAUGAAGAGGAAGACGACCCAACGUACAAAGGGGAAACCACGGUGUUUAGUAGACUUCACCCGGAACAUGAAGCAUACAAGCCUGCAAAGCGCGCAGGGUACAACCCAAAGGCAGAGCAUGACUAUACCUUAAGCUAUCGUCCAGAUGACAUGGCUGAAGAUUCGAAAUUCAUCAGAGAGAUUGCCACAGCUGCCAUAGACAAAACCAAGCUGCCGCACAACGUUGGCAAAUACAAUGGAUUGACAGAUCCAGACGAUCACCUCCAGGUCUUCAAAGGCGCAGGAGCAACAGGUGGGUGGAACCUACCAACUUGGUGCCACCUGUUCGCACAAACAUUCGUAGGCGCAGCGUGCGUAUGGUUCGACAGCUUACCAGCAGGAAAAAUUAAAUCAUGGGUUGACUUCAGAGAGAAGUUCUUGGCACACUUCUCUCAACAGCGGAGGCACGCCAGAGACCCAGCAGAUUGUCUAAACAUAUGGCGCCGAGACCACGAAAGCGUGGAAGAUUUUAUCACAAGAUAUAACAAAGAAUGCUUAGAGAUUGGGGAUGUGGGAGAAAAAAUGAUGCGCGCGCACUUCAUGAGGGCAGUCAAGUGUGACGACUUGAUCAAGCGCGUGAAAGGUAGAGACGGAGGACCCAAAGAUUGGGAAACUUUCAUUGAGGCCGCCAAGACAAUAGCACAGACAGACAAACAGUUGACCGGUGAUGACCACCGUCAACGCGCACAUAACUCUAAUGACCGACAUGGCAGAAAAAGCAGAGGCCAGUCAUGGAGGCCUUCCAGUCAUAGAGAAAGAAGCCCACCAAGAGAAGAUGCGUGGCACACAAUCAAUCAGAUAGCACACAGAAAAGAAAUACGCAACAAAAGGGGUCAAGAUCCCAAUCUCUACUGUGAAUUCCAUAAGGAUACGGGUCACCUCACCGACGACUGUUUCAGCUUGAAGCAAGAAAUCGAAAGAGCCCUAAGGGAUGGAAAGCUCACUCACUUGGUCAAAGGCGGAAAGCGCGACUACCGCCAAAUCCAGAGAAGAGACGAAGGGCCGGAUAACAAAAAACUCAGGAAGUUGGAGACCCACAUGGUACAGGGGGCCCACGAAGACCAAAGAAAAAUUACAACAAGCGUACACAAGAUGAUUCGUGGCGCGAGAAGCAAGUCAUCUUCCUAG